AAACGAUUUUAUUUGGCGUCGCAUUUUUUGACACCGCACAACCUCGCUUUCCCUCCCGCUCCGCUUCUUCCUUCACCCACACAUACCAAUCCCCCCCCACGGCACUCGUCUGCUCGACUCCCAAACGGCCCGCAAUCCAUCUUGCGAGGAGACCAAUUCUCUCGCCCGCCCCGACGGCUCCCGCUCCGGCUUCUCGCACAUCUGGUCCCCCUCUGUCCUCGACUCGCGCAUUCACAAUGGCCGAGACCGCUGCCGCCCCCCAGGCCCCUGCGGCCGAGUCGACUCAGUCCACCCGCCCGACUCGCCCCGACGAGAAUGCCUUCAAGGAGGCUCUUGUCAAGGCUGAGAAGGCGCACAAGGCGUCCAUGGACAAGCUGAACGCCGUCAAGGCCAAGAUCGAGAUCGCCAUGCCGAACAAGAACAAGGACCAGCCCAGCCCGACCCAGAAGCGCCGCCAGGAGCUCAUCGCCCAGGCCAACGAGAUUCGCCAGAAGCAGGCUGGCGGCAAGAGCGCCCGCACCUCCAAGCUCGACCAGAUCAAGCGCCUGGACGAGCAGGUCCGCAGCCGCAUUGCGGAGCAGAAGAACGCCAAGGCCAAGGUCCCCUACAAGAGCGCCGAGGACAUUGACCGCCAGAUCGCCACCCUCGAUGCCCAGGUCAACUCCGGCACCAUGAAGCUCGUCGACGAGAAGAAGGCCCUGUCUGACAUCUCCAGCCUCCGAAAGAUGCGCAAGAACUUUGGCCAGUUUGACGACUCCCAGAAGCAGAUUGACGAACUGCGCAACAAGAUCAAGGAGAUCAAGGACGGCAUGGACGACCCGGAGCAGAAGGCCAUGUCCGAGCAGUACUCCAAGAUCCAGGCCGAGUUGGACGCCAUCAAGGCCGAGCAGGACGAGGCCUACAAGGGCAUCAACAGCCUUCGCGACGAGCGCUCCAAGCUGCAAGCCGAGCAGCAGGAGAAGUACACCGCCAUCAAGAAGCUCAAGGACGAUUACUACGGCCAGAAGAAGGCCUACGCGGCCCACGAGCGCGCGGCUCGCGAGAAGCAGCGCGAGCGCCGCGAGGCCGAGCACAAGCAGUACUUGCUCGAGAAGAAGAAGGCCAAUGCCGAGCGCGUCCUUGCCGAGGCCAGCGACCCGGCCUACCUCGAGGAGAUUCGCCGCGCCAACUCGCUCCUACAGUUCCUUGACCCCACUCACAAGACGGAGAAGGGCCCUCUCAUGGCCGCCAGCGGCCUGAGCGCCCAGGCUCAGCGAACUGUUGAUGAGGCAGGCCUCAAGGGCACCAAGCUCCUCCGCAAGGAGGACCGUGAGGACGAGUACUUGCCUGCCGUUAAGAAGGGCAAGAAGGGCAAGAAGGGUGGUGCCAGCGCCGCCGCGGCCAAGACCUUCAACUGCCCUCCCUCCGUCGUUGAGGACUGCGCCUUCAUUGGCGUGGAGCCUCCCAUGAGCAGCGAGGAUGUCUCGGGAGUUAUUGAGAAGGUCAAGGCCAAGCUCGACCACUGGAAGAACGACCAGGAAACCCAGACUAAGCGCAACAUUGAGAAGGCCAAGAAGGAGCUUGAACGCCUCGAGAAGGACGAGGUCAACGGCGUCAACGGCGGUGACAAGGUCGAGGAGGUCACUGCCGCCGUCAAGGAUGCCUCCAUCGAGGAUAAGAAGGAGGAGGCGUAAAUGCUCCUCUACCGCUUCACUGAAAACGACAGGCCCCCCUUUUUAUCGGCCGGCGCGCCGCGACCUCGUUCCCGGCAGCCACACCGAAUCCCCGCUCCCCCCUUCCCCUGUCUCUCGCACGCCGGUCCAGAGGGGGCCUGUCUAGAAGACACCAUCUCGUUUUAUUUAUUUGCCACUCAACCCACAGGAAGGAGAGGAACCAAGAGGGGGGAAGAAGGAAAGGGGAGGGGAUGCGAUUUUUUCCCGCAGAAGAUAUGGUGCCAUCUCAGGUCCGGAGUGGAGGGAGCCAGCCCGGCGGAGCAAAAAAGAAGAGCGCAGAACAGAGCCGGAGUCUUGAUACGGUUACAUCUCGUUCGCAAUGUGAGCAUUGUCCUUCCAUAGGUGCCAUGAUUUGUUCUGCGUGGUGGGGGCACAGGUAACAUAAAAUUCUUUCACAUGUAAUUGUAUUGCUCAAAAGGCGGACGCGACUGUUCCAGCGUUCCCUGUUGCCUCGCGACAUGGGAACUGUCAUCAAGCGCAGCAGGAGCC